AUGGCACGGUUUGGAGACGAAGUACCAGCCAGGUAUGGUGGAGGGCCCGGUGGAGGGGGCCCGGGUGGCCGUGGUGGAGGGAGACAAGGAGGACCACACGGACAUGGACAUGCUCAUGGGCACGGACACGGACAUGGGCAUGGCCAUGCCCAUGGGCACGGACUGGGCCACGGUCCACCUGGGGGGCCAGGAGCCCAGAGAAUGUAUAAGCAAUCCAUGGCUCAGAGGGCCCGGACUAUGGCCCUGUACAACCCGAUACCAGUACGCCAGAACUGUUUCACGGUCAACCGCUCCUUGUUCAUUUUCAGUGAAGAUAACUUUGUGAGAAAAUACGCCAAAAAGAUCACCGAAUGGCCUCCAUUUGAGUGGAUGAUUCUUGCCACCAUCAUUGCCAACUGUAUCGUCCUGGCCCUGGAACAACAUUUGCCUGACGGUGACAAGACGCCUCUGUCUGAACGUCUGGACGCUACAGAAAUGUAUUUCAUUGGGAUCUUCUGUUUUGAAUCUGGUAUAAAGAUCCUUGCUCUGGGAUUUGCCUUCCACAAGAACUCUUACCUAAGGAAUGGAUGGAAUGUCAUGGAUUUUGUGGUGGUGCUCACAGGGAUCCUGUCCACUGUGGGCUCAGAUUUUGACCUGCGAACCCUGAGAGCCGUUCGAGUGUUAAGGCCCCUCAAACUGGUGUCUGGUAUUCCUAGCUUACAGGUGGUGCUCAAAUCAAUCAUGAAAGCCAUGAUUCCGCUGCUACAAAUUGGCCUCCUGCUUUUCUUUGCCAUCCUCAUGUUCGCGAUCAUCGGCUUGGAAUUUUACAUGGGCAAAUUCCACACCACCUGCUUUGACAAUCACACAGGGGAGAUCCGUGAAGAAUUUCCAUGUGGGAUUGAACCUCCAUCACGAUUGUGUCCUGAGGGUACCACGUGUCGAAAGUACUGGCUCGGUCCAAACUAUGGCAUCACCCAGUUUGACAACAUUCUUUUUGCUAUCUUGACCGUCUUCCAGUGUAUCACCAUGGAGGGCUGGACUGAGCUGCUCUACUAUAGCAACGAUGCCUCAGGGAGCGCAUGGAACUGGAUGUAUUUCAUCCCACUUAUUAUCAUCGGCUCCUUUUUCAUGCUCAACUUGGUACUAGGUGUUUUGUCGGGAGAGUUUGCCAAAGAGAGGGAAAGAGUGGAAAACAGAAGCGAGUUCCUGAAGCUGAGAAGACAGCAGCAGAUUGAAAGAGAACUCAACGGUUACUUGGAGUGGAUUUGCAAAGCUGAAGAGGUUCUUUUGGCAGAUGAUGAAAAUGAAAAUGAUUAUGAUGGCUCCCGCAGGAGAGCCACCAAGAACCAUAAAAGCAAAGCUGAGCUUCUAAACCCAGAGGAGGGGGAGGGAGAUAUGGCAGUUGGUUCGCCAUUUGCCCGUGCUAGCUUAAAAAGCUCCAAGCUUGAAGUAUCAACAUUCAAGAGGCGAGAACGCCGGUUGCGCUUCUUCAUCCGACAUAUUGUGAAGUCUCAGGGCUUCUACUGGACUGUAUUGUGUUUGGUGGGCCUCAACACGCUGUGUGUGGCUGUUGUGCAUUACGACCAGCCGGAACCACUCUCAGAUUUUCUAAAUUACGCUGAAUUUAUCUUCUUGGGAAUUUUCUUGACGGAAAUGUUUGUCAAGAUGUAUGGUUUGGGAAGGCAGGCAUACCUCAACUCCUCUUUUAACUGCUUUGACUGCAUCGUGAUCUGUGUCAGCAUUUUCGAAGUGCUGUGGUCCUUUAUCCAGCCAGGCACGUCAUUUGGCAUCAGUGUUUUACGAGCUCUCAGGUUAUUGAGAAUCUUCAAAGUCACCAAGUAUUGGGCAUCUUUACGAAACCUUGUCGUGUCUUUGCUGAAUUCCAUGAAGUCUAUCAUCAGCUUGCUCUUCCUCCUCUUUCUCUUCAUAGUUGUCUUCGCCCUGCUGGGAAUGCAGCUCUUCGGCGGACAGUUUAAUUUUGAAAAUGGCACUCCGUCAACAAAUUUUGAUACCUUCCCGGCAGCAAUAAUGACAGUGUUUCAGAUUCUGACAGGUGAAGACUGGAACAUGGUGAUGUACGCUGGCAUCAAAUCUCAGGGUGGAGUCAACAAGGGCAUGGCCUUCUCUGUCUUCUUCAUAGUGCUCACACUUUUUGGCAACUAUACUCUUCUGAAUGUCUUCUUGGCUAUCGCUGUGGACAAUUUGGCCAAUGCACAAGAGCUAACCAAGGAUGAGCAAGAGGAGGAGGAGGCUGCCAGUCAGAAGAUCGCGUUGCAGAAAGCCAAGGAGGUGGCGGAAGUCAGCCCUCUGUCAGCUGCCAACCUCUCCAUAGCAGCCAACAAAGUACACAGUGAUUGUCACAACGCUUCUGACCCCUUUCUGGACUGUAAGGAACAACAGAAGAACCACAAGGGCCUCAAUAAGUCUGUGUGGGAGCAGCGCACCAAGGAGCUAAGGAAGCAAACACUGGCAUCCAGCCGAGAAGCACUCUACAACGAGCUGGACCCCGAAGACCGCUGGAAGGCAAGGACUGGGAGGGAGGAACACAACAAUGUCAACUACUCACGCCAUGUCAGACCAGAUAUGAAAACUCACCUGGACCGACCUUUAGUGGUUGACCCCCUUGAGAAUCGUAACAACAACACCAACAAGAACACCAACAACAAUCCAGACUUCUGCUUUAGCCAGGAGCAUCAUGUCGAUGACUUGCAACGGCAAACACACCACCAUGAACGCAGUGGUCCUGGAGGCCCUGUCAAAGCUCCUUUAGAGAGAGGGGAGUCCACUGAGAGCAGACGGAGUCGGAAAAGUACGCACCACCAUCAUAGCUCCCAUGUACGGCUGGAUACAACCGUGAUUCCUGGGCCAGGCUCGGAAGAGAGGCCGGCUAGGCGCCAUCAUCACAAUCGCAGUGGAAGUCGAGGGACAGGACAGUCCGAACACAGGAAACCUAGGUCGCAUCGCAAGAAUGAUGAAGACGAGGACGGUCAAGAAGGAGCUGGAAAAGCAGGAAGAUGCAAGAGCAAAGGAGUCGAUGAUGGUGGGGAGGGUGGAGAGAAGGAAGCAGUUGGGGAUGGAAGUGAGAGGAAACAAAGAAGAAAUCGUCAUAACAACCGCAUGGAAGGAGAGGGGAAGAAAAUAUGCCAUCGUCGACGGAAGGAUGGAAGUGAUCUGAACCUCUCCACCACAAGGCCUAUCCAAAAGAGACUGUCUAGACAGGAGAGACAAGACAGUGAGGAUAUGGAUAACCUGAUGAAUACCAAACUGAUUUCUGGCUCUCCCCCUUCCAACGAGCAUCACCCAAAUCCACUGUCAAACUAUGAUGCUGCCCCUGCCUUUGAAUCUGCCUUCCAACUUACUAAGAGUGGCACACGAGGGAGUUUAGUCAGAUUGGACAGCUAUGGGAACAUUGGACAUCGCCGUGCCAACAGCAUCAUCAGACAGCCCCACCUUGAUCACACAGUGGUGGACAUGCCAAUAUUUCCAUCCACCAAUGCCAUUCUGCAAGUCAAUAAAAAUGCAAACACGGAACCUUUGCCAGCAAAGGAGGACAAGGACGAUGAUGAUGAUGCAAAGGGAGGUGACGGAGGGCCUCGGCCCAUGCCUCCUUUCACAUCCAUGUUUAUACUGACCACCACUAACCCGUUUCGUCGAGCCUGUCACUACAUCUGCACCCUGCGCUACUUUGAGAUGUGUAUUUUGCUGGUCAUUGCCAUGAGUAGUAUUGCCCUCGCUGCCGAAGACCCAGUCUGGCCUGAUUCUACUCGCAACAACGUCUUGCGCUAUUUUGACUAUGUUUUUACUGGAGUGUUCACAUUUGAGAUGUUAAUCAAGAUGGUGGACCUGGGGUUGGUCUUGCACCAGGGCUCAUAUUUCCGUGACUUGUGGAACAUCCUUGACUUUAUUGUGGUUAGUGGUGCACUGGUGGCCUUUGCCUUCACCGGCGGAGGGGGGAGCAGCAAAGGAAAAGAUAUCAGCACUAUCAAGUCUCUUAGGGUGCUCAGAGUGCUGCGGCCACUUAAAACAAUAAAACGUCUUCCCAAACUCAAGGCUGUUUUUGACUGUGUGGUGAACUCUCUGAAGAAUGUCCUCAACAUUCUAAUUGUCUACCUGCUCUUCAUGUUCAUCUUUGCUGUGGUGGCUGUGCAGCUCUUCAAGGGUCGUUUCUUUUACUGCAGUGAUGAGUCCAAAGAGUUUGAACGCGACUGCAGAGGCGAGUUUUUGGUGUAUGGGCGUGAUAAUGAAGUGAAGGCACAGAAGAGGGAAUGGAAGAAGUACGAUUUCCACUACGACAAUGUGGCUUGGGCCCUGCUCACCCUUUUUACUGUGUCAACUGGAGAGGGGUGGCCGGAUGUGCUGAAGCAUUCAGUGGAUGCAACUUAUGAGAAUCAGGGCCCCAGCCCGGGAUAUCGAAUGGAGAUGUCCAUCUUUUACGUGGUGUACUUCGUGGUCUUCCCCUUUUUCUUUGUCAACAUCUUCGUGGCUCUUAUCAUUAUCACCUUCCAGGAGCAAGGAGACAAAAUGAUGGAGGAUUAUAGUUUGGAAAAGAAUGAGAGAGCCUGUAUCGAUUUUGCCAUCAACGCCAAGCCUCUGACUCGCCACAUGCCAAAGAACAAGCUUAGCUUUCAGUACCGCAUGUGGGAGUUUGUGGUGUCACCGCCAUUUGAGUACACUAUAAUGGCAAUGAUCGCACUGAACACAAUUGUCCUAAUGAUGAAGUAUGAUGAAGCCCCAGAUGCCUAUGAAGCUGUCUUAGCCAACCUCAACAUAGUGUUUACCUCCCUCUUCUCCAUGGAGUGUGUACUCAAGAUUAUUGCCUUUGGUGCACUGAAUUAUUUUAAAGAUGCCUGGAACAUUUUUGACUGUGUGACAGUUCUAGGCAGCAUCACUGACAUUCUGGUUACUGAACUUGGGAUGAAUAACUUCAUCAACCUGAGUUUCCUGAGGCUGUUCAGGGCAGCUCGUCUCAUCAAGCUGCUGAGGCAAGGAGAAACCAUUCGCAUCUUGCUCUGGACCUUUGUUCAGUCCUUCAAGGCUCUGCCUUAUGUAUGUCUCCUCAUUGCCAUGCUCUUCUUCAUCUAUGCCAUCAUUGGGAUGCAGCUGUUUGGAAAUAUUGCUAUUGAAGAAGAUGGAGAAGGUGCAAUCGACCAACACAACAACUUCAGGACCUUUGUUCAGGCUCUCAUGCUCCUCUUCAGGAGUGCAACUGGGGAGGCGUGGCAUGAGAUCAUGCUGGCGUGUCUUGGGGGUCAACAAUGUGAUGAGUUGUCAGGGAAUACCGAGCCAGAGUGUGGCAGUCAAGUGGCUUACCUUUACUUUGUCUCCUUCAUCUUCUUCUGUUCAUUUUUGAUGCUGAAUCUUUUUGUGGCUGUCAUCAUGGACAACUUUGAGUAUUUGACCAGAGAUUCUUCUAUACUUGGACCUCACCACUUGGAUGAGUAUGUCAGGAUAUGGGCCGAGUAUGAUCCUGCCGCCUGCGGGCGCAUUCAUUAUAAGGACAUGUACAGUUUAUUACGAGUUAUCGACCCGCCUCUCGGCUUAGGCAAGAAAUGCCCCCAUAGGGUGGCCUGCAAGAGACUGCUCCGUAUGGAUCUGCCUGUCGCUGACGACAAUACGGUCCACUUUAACUCCACUCUCAUGGCUUUGAUCCGCACCGCGCUGGACAUCAAGAUCGCCAAGAUUUCUGAAGGUGGUAUAGACAAGCACCAGAUGGAUGCAGAGCUGAGGAAAGAGAUGAUGGCAAUCUGGCCCAAUCUCUCCCAGAAGCAUCUGGACUUGCUGGUUACGCCGCACAAGUCAGCGACAGACCUUACAGUUGGCAAAAUCUACGCUGCCAUGAUGAUCAUGGAGUACUACCGUCAAAGCAAGAUGAAGCGUUCACAGGCACUCCAGGAUGAGCAGAAUCGAACGCCAUUACUGUUUCAGCGCGUGGAACCGCCUUCCCCUACCCAGGACGGGGGUCCGGGCCUAAACAAUGCACUCUCUCCACCUGAAACGACAGAGAUGAUGAGCAGCCUCCCGGUGGAAGGAGGGGUCCCAGAGAGCCACUCGUGGGUCACAGCUCGUGCGCAGGAGAUGUCCCAGAAGGUUGGAAGCUGGAGUCCUGAAGAUGGCCUGGGAAGCAUGACCACCUCGCAGACGGUAGAGAUGAGAGAGAUGGGGCAGGAUGGUUACUCGGAUACUGAGCACUUUCCACCAAUGGAAGGCCACGGCAGGGCCGCUUCCAUGCCCCGCCUACCAGGCGAAAACCAAAAGCGGAGGAAGGGGAAGCACCGUGGCAGUCACCUAAGUACCAUCAGUGACAACAGCCCUAUGAAACGCUCAGCCUCAUCGUUAGGUCACAGCAGGUCAGGACGUGGCAGCAGAGAAAAAGGAGGCCAAGAUGUCUACAACAUGGAGCGUGUAAUACCAGAGGAAGGUCGGGCUUCCAGGCACGGGCACAGGAGAAAAGAGCGCAGUCAUCGUGCCUCAGAGAGGUCACUGUGUCGCUACACGGAGGCCGACGCAGACACCCCAUCUGGUGACCUGAUGUCCAAAGACAGGGAUCGGGACAGAGAUCGAGGAAGGUCCAAAGACCGUAAGCACCAUCACCAUCAUCACCACCACCACGGGUCCAUUGACAAGGAACGCUACGCUCCGGAGCGAGGAGGCGAGUACGGCCGCAAGCAUUCUCGUGACAGAGAGCCCGACAGGGAGAGGGAGCGAGAAAGGGACCCACGGUGGUCACGAUCCCCCAGCGAGGGUCGAGACUGCAUAACACACAGACAGGGCAGUAGUUCGGUCAGUGGAAGUCCUGUUCCGUCAACCUCCGGGACUAGCACACCACGCCGAGGCCGACGUCAAUUGCCUCAGACGCCCGCGACUCCACGUCCCCAUAUUACUUACUCCCCUGUAGUCCGUAAGGCCAUGCCGUCACAACCUGCGGGGCCACCGGGGCGAGCGCCGGCCCCGGUGCCCCGCCGAUUAUCUCCUGAUGCCCCUCAAGGUCAAGUUCCUCUCUCUGGAGUGACGCCGGCCCACCACGGUGUGCCCCGCCAGGGUCAUCACCCCCCACUACGCUGGGCGGACGCAGAUGGCGGAUCUAUAGAAGGGGACGGCUGCUUUUACAACCAAAACUACGUGCCCCACCAAGAACCACCUGCCCAUGACCCAGUCAGCAACCCCCACCCACACCCCUUGGCCAGCCACCCGCUGCCACCUCCUCCUCAACCGCAACCUCGCAACCUGCACCCUGUUAAUAAUCCCCAUCCUCACCCCUUGCCACCACACCCCCAGCCAAACCGUACCUCACCAAGGACUGUCCACCACGUGCCACCUUCCACCACUCCCUUGACCGGGCCCCAUCAGGUCCAAGUGCAACCCCCUGUCCAGCGUCGCCUACCCAACGGUUACCGCUCUUCAUCACCUUCCACACAUCUCCAUGGACCCCAACAUAGUGGGCCUCACAAGGUCCCACCCCCAGGGGGACACCCUCGAGGGCCCCGCAAGGGUCUGCAUGAACCCUAUUGUGACAAGGAGCAGGACGACUGGUGCUAG